AUGUACGUCGCGCUAGUAACUACAUGUAUGGUGCUGUGCACCACCGGAUGUCAGGGCAUGGCGCUGUCCAGGGCGAAAGCGUACGAAGAACUUCGUGCGGCCAUUGUGGACGCCGAAGCUAGCUAUCGGUUGGGUGGCAAGGUGUUUCUCAACACGGACGAAUUGCGCGCUGACGUGAAGCUGAGAGCGAUGAAAAGGAACGAACUGCAACCGUCAGACCGGGGCCAACCGGUACCGGCGGAAAUGCAUUUCUUUGACGCAAAACCAUCCAUCGAAAACAGUAGCAUGUUUGGUGCGCUAAAGCUAAUGCCCAAGGGUGCUAUAUUGCAUCUUCACAGCACGGCAGCAGUCUCGUCUAGGUGGGUUAUUCGCAACCUAACAUAUCGCCACGAAGCGAAGCUAUGCAGUGUGGAAGACCGCUACUAUUUCACUGUGAGGACGCCCAUCAACUGUCCCGCGAAUCGAACUCGUCUGAUAAGCGAUAUGAGAAAGGAACGCCACCAGGACGUAGCUGCGUUUGACGAAUGGUUGGAACAGCUGAUCAAUAUGAAGCUGAAACCGUCGCGUAACGGGCACGCCACCAUCGACGUGCUGUGGAUGGAGUUUGAGAGCUGUUUCGACGCGUUGAGGGGCUUUCUGCAGUACAAACCGUUCUUUGAAGCCUACCACGCGCAGCUGCUGAAGGAAUUUCACGACGACAAUGUGUACUACAUGGAGCUGCGCACAUCGCUGUUUAAGCUGUACGAUGCGGACGGGAAGGAGUACGGUUCGCCGGAGGUGGCAUACAUUCUGCACCGGCUGGUGGAGGAUUUUCGUCGCCAUAACCCAACAUUUCACGGUGUCAAGUUAAUACUAGCCAAGCACAAGAACAUGAGCGAUGCGGAGCUCGCGAGUGCGCUGAAGCUGUACGAGAGCUUAAGCAACACGUUUCCCGGGUUUGUGAUUGGUUUCGAUUUGGUUGGACAGGAAGAUGUGAAUCGAUCGUUGCGAAGCUUUGCCUCAUUGCUGCAGCAACCACCCAUAACAUCGGGGCCACCGACUUAUUUUUUCCAUGCCGGUGAAACAGGUAAACGCUUUCCGGAAUUAAUUUCAAAUGUCGAAACAUUCCGAAUCUUUGCAGUUGGAUACAUCGCCGAAGCCGAUCAGAACGUCAUCGAUGCCGUGCUGCUCGACACCAAACGCAUCGGCCAUGGUUAUGCGCUGCUCAAGCAUCCCAUCCUGUGGCACGCAGUACGGCGAAAGCAGCUCGUGCUUGAAGUUUGUCCGAUCUCCAACCAGGUGCUGGGACUGGUGCGUGAUCUGCGCAACCAUCCGGCCAGCUUUUACGUUGCGCAAAACAUACCCAUCGCCAUCACGAGCGAUGAUCCUGGAUUUUGGGAUGCGGUUGGCGUCACCUUCGACUACUACUAUGCCUUUAUGGCCAUCGCACCGCAAGCGGGGCUCGGGUUCCUGAAGCAGCUCGUGUGGGACUCUAUCAGAUACAGUGCGCUUAGUGACGAGGAGCGUCAAAAUAUCACGAGAACUAUGGAAAGGCAAUGGGCCCUAUUUGUGCGGGAGAUCGCAAGAGAUGAUGGUGCGGGGAACUAA